AAUUAUAUAAGUAAAGUAUCAUUUAAGCUUCUGUUCGGUUAAACCACGUGGUGUCAUCUUCUGACCAACAAUUUGACGAAAAACAUUUUAGGAUCAGAAAAGUUGAGAAUCUAUAUUACCGCAGAAAACUAACAAAAAUUAAUGGGAAAAUAAGUGGCCUGCAACAAUAUUAUUAGUAUUUAAAUAGUUAAAAGUCCUAGUUGUUCAAGUCAUGUAGUGUCCUCUUGUGGCCGACAUUUUAACUUGUUCUUAAAAUAUUACAGGAGUUUUUUUCGUGUUCUACUGCUUUCAAUCACGUGGUGUCCUCUUCUGGCGGAAAUUUUACCUUUUCGGGAAACUGUUUAAGAACAUUUUAAGAUGGCGGUGACGUAGAAAUGUCCGGAAACUACAUUAUCGUCCAACAGAAACAAGAUGGAGUUGACGACAGUCAUCUUAGGUUCAUAACACAUCCAUAGCCAAAAUAUUGGCCUAUUUUUUGACGUAUUUACAAUAACAAACAGCAGCAACGUUUAGAUGUUUUUAAUAUGUUCGGUUGUGAUUGGUGAAAUAGUGUUAGAUCGCGAAUUUGACUUGAUCGCUAGUAAAGUUGUUGGACAGACUUCCCAUUUAGUGUAAUAAUUAAAAUAAUAUGUUAUUAAUAAUAGCCCCUGUGCAAAGUAAUUAACUCGUUUGUGUUUAGUUUUGUAUUUCUCGUUUUUUUCCAUUGUUUACCAAUUCACGAAUCACUAAAUGAAUCUCGCUGCUGUGCAUUUGGACGUUGUAUAGAAAUUGAGAUGGUUUUAAGGAAACACCAUUUGCAAACUGCAUUUUGUGCAUUUCGAAAAGAAAUUCAAUAAGAAAGUGAUGACCAGCCAAAAUUCCUCCUUUACCCAGAGGUACCAACCCUACAUUUUUGAUCAGUUCCGCCAACCGGAUGGUCAAUGGGAAACGAAUACUACAAACCCUCCAACAGUGCCAGCAAGGGGUAUAAAAAGAAGUACCCCUAGCGAAGUUACCCGUCCAUAUGAGGAAUCUCCCUGGAUGGCUCCUCAAGAUCCGCCUCAUCAAAUGGAUAAUAAUGUAGUAAACGAAUGCAAUUUGCUGCUAAGGUCUCAGAACAAUAUGAACGUAAGUUCCUCCGAUGUUGGGGUAUUAAAAAAUCAAAUUAUUAGCACGGAGCAUGAUGUCAAUGUGAACAGAGUUCAAAGUCCAUUAAGGAGCAAUUCGAAAUAUGUGAACACUCCGUGGUUCCACGGAAAGAUAUCUAGAGAAGAAGCAGAGACUUUGCUGCGACCAAGAACCGAUGGGUUAUUCUUAGUGAGAGAAUCGACAAAUUUUCCUGGCGAUUACACCCUGUGUGUUUGUUAUCAGACAAAAGUGGAGCAUUACAGAGUGAAAUCUCACGGAAAUAAACUGACUAUAGACGAUGAAGAAUUUUUCGACAACUUAGAAGAACUGAUAGAACAUUACAAAAAUGAUGCGGAUGGCCUCUGCACAAAAUUAGUCAACGCGCUUUCGAAAGAAAAUGAUACUACGAAGACUCUUAUAAAAAGCAGUUCCAAAGAAAGCGACGAUCUUUGCGUAAUACCAGAACACGAACUAGUUGUGUGCGAACCGAUCGGGAAAGGGGAAUUUUGCGAGGUUAUGCUUGGAAAAUGGAAAAACAGCAAAGUCGCUGUAAAAGUUCUGAAGGAUUCUAGCGAGGCGGAAGCUAUACUGAUGAAGUCUUUGCAUCACGAAAACCUCGUGAAUCUGUUAGGGAUAGUGAGGAAAAAGGAUCAAAUAUACUUAGUGACGGAAUACAUGAGCAAAGGGAGCCUAGUGGACUAUUUAAGGUCGAGAGGUCGUUUACACGUAUCCAAAAAGGAUCAAAUAAAUUUCGCAUUCGACACGUGUUCAGGUAUGGAAUAUUUGGAGAAAAUGCACGUUGUUCAUAGAGAUUUGGCGGCCAGAAAUGUACUGAUUGCCGAAAACGGGAGGGCUAAAGUCUCCGAUUUUGGUCUCGCGAGGACGGAGAAAAAUACCACUUCGGAAUCGGCAAAGUUGCCUAUUAAAUGGACUGCCCCCGAAGCUCUCAAGCAUAACAAAUUUUCCAAUAAAUCGGACAUGUGGAGUUUUGGUAUAUUGUUAUGGGAGAUAUAUUCUUUCGGAAGGGUUCCGUAUCCACGAAUACCGCUGGCCGAUGUGGUAAAGCACGUGGAAAACGGUUACAAAAUGGAAGCGCCAGAGGGUUGUCCUCCGGAAAUAUACCAGAUCAUGCGACAGGCUUGGGACUUUUAUCCUGAAAAAAGGCCGACUUUCCACGAAGUCAAAAUUAAGUUAGGUCAGCUUAAGCAGCAGACGUGAAAUUUGGAUUAGGUGUAUGAAUUUUUGACGGUGUGAAUGGUGAAUGUACUUUUUAGGUUGUGUGAGCAGCGUGAUAAAAUAUAAUAGUAUAUUAGAUUGUGCAUUAAAACCUCAUAGAUUUAAAUAUCUUUCAAUAAGGCAGGUUUGAGCGAAUCGUUUAAGAACGUUUAGGAAUUAUUGAAGGGAAUGAAUUUGUCCUUCUGACGGGGUUCGGUUAUUCAGAUGUAUUUAUUUGAAGAAAUUGGAGGUAUUCUUAAGCUUUACUAAUUUUUAAUAGGGUUUGAUGAUCAAAGCAGAUUUGGAAGGACCAUCUUCAGUGUAAAUUGUUGACUUUGUAAUAUUUUAUUUAUUUUUAUAGAGUAUUUAUAUUGUUUGUUGAAUUAUUAAUAUUUAUAUUUAUAUAAUGCGAUUCCUAAACGUUCUCAAUCGAUGGUUUAAGUUGUGUUUACCACGGGGUCGCAUUUUAUGGUUUAUUAUUUUCACGAGCGCGAAUCAAUCAUUAUCCGACCUCAUUAUUAAAAAAAAAAUAAUUAGAAGAGGUUUUAACAAGAAUAUUAUUCAUCCCAUUACCCUAAUCGUUAAUUAAUACAAUCAUAGAAGAGUUAAAUUCUUUCAAUGGUUAAUCUCAUGUACGUGGUGUGGUUAAUUUUUUUUAAAAAAAUAUAUAACCGUACUCUUUUGUUUCUUUUUAAACAAAAUUUUAUUUAUUUUCCAAAUUUACUUUGGGUGUACUUAAAAUUUAGGUGUCAACGGCGAAGACUUGAUGCGAAGAAGUGUUGCUUUAUCUUCUUUUUUUUUGUUUUUUUUUACUUUCUACAUUUAACGUGUAUAUUUUUCUAUUUGUAUGUUUAAAUUCUAACAGAAUCC